AUGAAAGCACCAGCCUUGCUGUUGUUUUUACUGUCAGCAUGUGCCGCAUCGCCGCCGACGAGGGAAGCCGGGGGUGUACAAGUAACCGUGACGGUUCUGUCCCUGUUGUACAGUAAAAACUGGCCUGUGGAGUAUAUUAACGCUGUCAAUGCCGGUUUUAACGCAUCCCUGGCCGCGCGAGGUUGGGUGAUGGCCCCUGGUGUCGAUGUUUCGGUGGUACGGCCCCCAUCCUACAACACCCCCGCACACGAGUACUUGAAGGAAUACUUAAGAGGCCUGGAAGAUGACAAUAACCUUCUGGUUGUGCUGGGUCCCAUGGGCGAGGAAAGCACUUCUUCUUCGUAUGAUACGCUGGAGGAACACACUCUUGUCGGCUUCGCCCCUAUGACUGGCGCUGCUGGUUUUGAGGCAUACCGCCCCAAUCUUUAUUUCCUUCGACCGGAGCUGACUGGUGAACUCAUAGCCCUCAUCCGCUAUGCUGUGAAUUACCUGCGUGUCCUCCGGUUGGGCUUUAUGUAUCUUGAGGGUUCGAUGGGGGGUAGUGCGACAUAUGAGAAGGCUGUUUUUUUUUUGUCACGCUUGGGAUAUGAACCGUGUUGUGCAUUCACUGUUCAGAGCCAUGAAGGCGACCAGGGCAUUUCAGCGGCGGAGUUUGAGGCGGCAUGGAAAGAAUUCGCGGCGAACCGUCCACAGGCUGUCAUUCUCCUCACCACCAUGAAAGAAGAAACCGAGAAGUUUAUCAAGAAGCUUGUGGCUGACCCGCGUACCGCGGAUGCGUUCCUCCUAGCUCCCUCACUAAUGCAGAAGUCAAUCGCAUCAGUAUGGAAGGAGGCAUUAGAAGAAGCGAAUGCUCCGUUUGUUCCACGUCGUGUCAUUCAGACAGGCACUAACCCGCUUGCCGUAGACGGCUUCUUCGCAGCGAUCAAGCGCUUUCAAACUGAAAUGAGGAACUAUUUGACUGAAUACAAGGAGUGGAGUGGCUUCAAUGAUGCAGAUCACUUUCUAAAGAAUGACGCGGAUGGGGAGCUGAUGGUUAAUGGCUGGAUUGCUGGGGAGGUAUUGGCGCGGGCACUGCGUAGUCAUGGCUGGAUGAACAACGGCACAGCCUUCCUUGAGUCGCUGUACGAGCAACGCCGUUACGUGAUUGAUGACAUCGUGAUCGGUGAUUUUGGAGGUGAGUGCAGCGAGAGGGCUGUCGGGAGUGGGGCUAUCUGUCACUGCAACCAUGGUGGGAGGAAGGUGUACAUGAAGGAGGUCGCUGAGGAUUACCGACUACGGCCAGUUCUUGGUGGCUACACUGUGCAAUCCCCGCUGGAGUGUAAUAGUGACCCCGCAAUCCUGCAGCCGCCGCUCAGUGGCGUGCUCGUUAGCGUUGAGGACCACCCGGAGCUGGAAAGGGCAACCGAUCAGUUUAACAAGGGUGCAUCUGCGGUAGCCUCAACUGGAAGAGUUGGUGAUAUGAACAGAUUUUUCCUUCAGAAGAUUGCCACAGAUAUGCAGAAUGCUCCUGGGGAUGUCGAUGCACAGCGGCAGAAUCGUGCGGUGAGUGCUAUAUUUGGUGUCGUGACGGAAGCAACACUGGGACUGAGGGACUUAACAUUCAUUGACCCUAUAACGCCAACCCCUCAUCUGAACAGUUUCAGCAGGAAUGUGAUCCACUUGUCCCCGACACUAGAGCAGCAACUAUACGUGCUUGUCAAUUACCUCUCCAACAUUCACGUUGGUGCUGUCAGUUGCAUUAUUAGGUGUGAGCAGGCGCCGAUGGUCAAAAAUGUGUUGAAGAAAACACUGUUCACAUUUGGCUUGAACCUCAGCUCUACCGUUGUAUUGACUCCAGGGGACUCUGUUGGAGAGCAUCUUCCGAAAAGUGGUAGCACUUUUAUCAUUGGACUCGCUGUUGAUGACAUUGUGGUAAUUGAAGAGCACCUACGUAUCCACACCAAGGCGCGCGUACUUGUCCAGUUCUCUGACAUUGCACUGCUGUACAAUGAGUUUGUGCAAGCCUUCAACAAUAGUGAUGGCGCCAAGCACCUUUUGUUCGCAACGAGUUUACCGCACUGGGCAGAUGUCAACACGACAUCGGAGACUGUGCGACGGUUCCACGAGGCGGUACGUGAGGUGGAAAAGUGGACGCCGCUGUCGCUGCUGGGUUUCGCCACGGGUAGACUGAUGCAGAGAAACCUUCAGCGCAUGGACUUAGCGACGUCUGACCUGUUGUCCGGCCUCUUUUUCAACGAAACUUUUAUUACUGUCGACGAUAUGCAAUAUGGCGCUUACAAAGACGCUGAGGGUGUGGCCACUGCGGAAGAGAGUUUGUCAAACUUCGGUGCAACGGAUAUUAGUGUGUGGUCAAUGGCACGAGCGCUACGGUCGGAUGAACCAGUGCUGCAAGAUCCGAUGUCACCUUCGAUGGUGUACACCGUCCCUAACAACAAUGCCCUCACCCCCGCACAACUUGCUGGUGUGGUUGGUGCCGGUUUGCUUGUGCUGAUACUGGCAGUAGGCCUUACCGUUUUUCUGUGCUGCAUUAUGCGCAACAAGCGUGAUAACGACAACGCCCCAAAAGAAUUGGCAGACCCCGUGACAUUAAUAUUCACUGACAUCGAGAGCAGUACUGCACAGUGGGCGACACAACCUGAGCUGAUGCCCGAUGCCGUUGCGACACAUCACAGUAUGGUUCGCUCACUGAUCGAGAAUUAUGACUGCUACGAAGUGAAAACUGUUGGAGACUCUUUUAUGAUUGCAUGUAAAAGUCCAUUCGCCGCCGUCCACCUCGCACAGGAACUCCAGCGGCGUUUCUUGCAUCAUGACUGGGGCACGACAGUGUUCGACGAAUUUUACCGUGAGUUUGAGGAGCGGCACGCGGAGGAGGGUGAUGGAAAGUACAAGCCGCCAACUGCGCGCCUGGACCCUGAGGUUUAUCGGCAACUGUGGAAUGGGUUGCGUGUACGUGUAGGGAUUCAUACUGGAUUGUGCGACAUCCGCUACGAUGAAGUGACGAAGGGUUACGACUACUAUGGGCAGACGGCGAACACGGCAGCAAGGACAGAGAGUGUUGGUAACGGUGGUCAGGUGCUGAUGACGUGUGAGACGUACCAUUCACUGAGUACUGAAGAACGGAGCCAAUUUGACGUGACGCCGUUAGGUGGUGUGCCGCUACGUGGUGUGUCAGAGCCUGUGGAAGUGUACCAGCUGAAUGCCGUGCCCGGUCGCUCAUUCGCCGAGCUGCGCCUGGACCGGGUGCUGGAUGUGCUUGAUAUCUUUGGAGAGGGCACGGCAGCCUCCACGAGUGAUUACAGCUCAACACUCGCCGAGUUAAGUGAGACUGCGCAGGCGAUUGCGGUUUCUUUGCAGUCACUGAUGGGCGUCUUCACACAAGCGCAACGCCAGGGAACUUUGAUGCCUUUCUGCGAACGUUGGCGGGUGCCGUUGCCCAAGAAAAGUGCAUCCGCGUGGGACGACAGCUACUGUGAGGAGGUUGUGCGUCGCAUUGCAAUGAAGGUUGGGCACGUUGUGGAUUACCACGCUGUCGUCGAGAGCGAGCACUCAUCGAGCACCCUGUCAAGUGGGUCGGUGCUUAUCAUUUCCAAUCACGUGGGGGAGCUGGGUGAUUUUUAG